AUGAACAUUCCAUCAUAUUCAUCAUUAGAAAAUGUUCAUUCAGCUGCUUGUUCUACAUCAAUAACACCACCAAUGACAAUGUUAACUAUAAAUGAUUAUCUUGAUGGUUUACAUUGUCUACAUGAAGCACAAAAAGUUCAUGCAACAACAGAAGAAAUUAUAUUUAAAUUACGUCUUUAUCUAGAAGAUAAAGUUGGUGGUCAACAUAUUUUAAAUACAAUUUUAACACUUAUAAGAACAGAAAAAAUUAUUGAUUUUUCUAAUUAUAAAGAAUUUGAAUAUUGUACUAGUUUAUUACCACUUUUUAUGGUAUUUAUUUGUUUGGAAAAUUCAUUUAUUGAACAAAAAUAA